AUGGCCGGAGCCGCCUACGCCCGGGCGGCGCUCGCGCUCGCGCUCUGGUGCGCGCUGGCGGCCGCGGCGGCCGGGCAGACCGGCAAGUGGCUGAGAGCACACGCCACGUUCUACGGCGGCGCCGACGCCUCCGGCACCAUGGGAGGCGCGUGCGGGUACGGCAACCUGUACGCGCAGGGCUACGGCACGCGCACGGCGGCGCUGAGCACGGCGCUCUUCGCCGACGGCGCCGCCUGCGGGCAGUGCUACAAGCUGGUGUGCGACCGCAAGACGGACCCGACGUGGUGCAAGCCCGGGGUGUCGGUCACCGUCACGGCCACCAACUUCUGCCCGCCCAACUGGAGCAUCCCCAGCGACCGCGGCGGCUGGUGCAACCCGCCGCGGCCGCACUUCGACAUGGCGCAGCCGGCGUGGGAGAAGAUCGGCGUCUACCGCGGCGGCAUCAUCCCCGUCAUUUACCGAAGGGUGUCGUGCGUGAAGAAGGGAGGGGUGCGCUUCGCCAUCAACGGGCACGACUACUUCAACCUGGUGCUGGUGACCAACGUCGCCGGGCCGGGGUCCAUCAGGGCCAUGGACGUCAGGGGGUCCCGGUCGCCGGACUGGAUGUCCAUGGCGCGCAACUGGGGAGCCAACUGGCACUCCCUCACCUACCUCAACGGCCAGGGGCUGUCCUUCAGGGUCACCGUCACCGACGGCCAGACCAUCGUCUUCGCCAACGUCGUGCCGCCCAACUGGAGGUUCGGCCAGUCCUUCGCCAGCAACCUGCAGUUCAAGCUCUGAGAAAGCAAAGCGUACUAGCUGGUUGCCAUUUCUAUAGGAAACUAAACUUAUUAUUACCUGCUUGGAAUUCAAUCAAAAGAUAUUUUUGUUGAUUGCUUGCGCUUGUAGAGCAUGCAUGCAUGCUGUGUG